GUCCCGGCCGGCGCCGUCGCCGUCGCCCUGGCCCGCUCCAUGCGCACCCCCCGCGCCGCUGCUGCAUGGCCCCCGGGCCGGCCAUGACUUCGGUGCAGUGCGCAACCCGAGCCGAGGAGCCGCCGGCCCAGGCCCUCAGCAAGGCGGUCCCCGGGGGCGCCAUGCGGGGCGAGGAGGAGGAGGAGGAAGAGAGCGAGAAGCCCCGCGCGGCUCUGCUGCCCUUCAGCGUGGAGGCGCUCAUGGCCGACCCCCGCAAGCCCGGGAGCGGGCCCCGGGAGGGCCUGGUCGAGCGCGGAGGGCCCUCGGCUCGCCCGCCGGGCGCCCCCAGUCCCCGACCGGGAAGGCCUUCCGCCGCGGCGCCGGACCGGGCGGCUUCGCCGCUGCCCCUGCCCAGCCCGUUCGCCGUCGGGGCCUUCGUCAAAGUUCCCGAGGAAGCGCUGGUCAAGGCCGAAAGCCCGGAGAAAGCCGACCGCUCGCCCUGGAGGCCGGCCCGCCGCUUCUCCCCGUCGCCGCCAAGGCGCUCCAGCCCGCCGGCCUGCACGCUGCGCAAGCACAAGACCAACCGCAAGCCACGGACGCCCUUCACCACGGCGCAGCUCCUGGCGCUGGAGCGCAAGUUCCGCCAGAAGCAGUACCUCUCCAUCGCCGAGCGCGCCGAGUUCUCCAGCUCGCUCAGCCUCACCGAGACGCAGGUCAAGAUCUGGUUCCAGAACCGGCGGGCCAAGGCCAAGCGGCUGCAGGAGGCCGAGCUGGAGAAGCUGAAGAUGGCCGCGAAGCCGCUCUUGCCGCCCGCCGCCGCUGCCUUCGGCCUCUCCUUCCCGCUGGGCAGCCCGGCCGUGGCCGGCGCCUCCCUCUACGCCUCCGGCGGCCCCUUCCAGCGCGCCGCCUUGCCCGUGGCGCCCGUCGGCCUCUACGCGGCCGCGCACGUCGGGUACAGCAUGUACCACCUGGCCUAGCCGCCCGCGGGAGCCGGCCUGGGCGACGGACGGACCGACAGCCAUCUGAAGGCGCUGCGCUCCUGGCAGCCUCCCCGCGAGGAAGGAGCGCCGCGCCCGUGUAAAAUACUGUACAGUCGAAAAAAGUAUUAUCGUUUAUAUUAAUAGCUAUAUUUGAUAAAUAAAUUAAUUUUAAACGACAGCGGGGUGACCGGGUUGGGCACUACCUUCCUCCCGGCGAGCUCGAGCGGUCCCCGCUUCGCUUCUCUCUU